GCCCAUGAAUCUCUCCUACAAAAUUGGUUUCAAAAAGUUACGAAGAAAGUAAUGCCAUCUUCUGGAUAUCCAGAAGAAACUUUGAGUCAAGUUAUUAUAUGGUGUCACAAGAUGGCAGCAUAUAUCCAUGUCGUUAUAUAAAUUUAGAUCUGUAUGAAAUUUUUAGUGAUUCAAAGUAUUUAAUAUUAAUAAAAAAAAGAAACAUAUUUUAUUCAAUGUAAAUAAUCAAUAAUACAAUACAUUAUAUUACCUUGAUAUAAACUUCAAAUAUAAAACCAUAUUCAAUUUACAUGGCAAUACUAGGAAUUACCUUAAGAAACUUUUCUGCCGCCAUUAUUGUUUUUGCGCUGUUUGAAUUCCUGUUACUACUGUGUUCCCGUUUUUAUUUUCUACGACUUGGCUUUGUUAAUCUGAACUUUCUGAGACCCGUAUUAUUUUCGUGACUUGAUUCUGUGUAUUUGGACUUUGUUUGCUGCGUUUACGUCUGACUUGGCUACGACAACGGACUUCUGAUUAAUCCUUCUCGAUUCGGCUUUCAAAACAGAAUGUCACAAAAAACAUAUGUGAAGUGUUAUUUUGGAUGUUCCUAUAAUGAUAAUGAUCCUAUACACAAAUUUCCAAAUCCAAAUUCAUUGAAAUUGGAAAAGAUUGAGAGAUUCAAAAAAUGGAAAUCUGUUCUUAAACCAGCUGAUCAAGAAAAAGGGGAUGAUUAUAUCUGUAAGAAGAUCAGAAUUUGUGGCCGACAUUUUAAUGAAAGCUACCGAUUACCUUCUCAUUAUUUGACACAAAAUGCUGUACCAACAUUAUUUUUAGAUCUUAAUCCCAUGAGCACAGCAGAUGACAUAUAUUUGGACCCUACACCUGGCCCAUCUAAUCUGACAGAUGUUUUAUCCGAUUGUGUUGAACCAACACCAAUCUCCAGCACACAAGAAAUAAAGAGAUCAAUGUCUUAUAUAAAUACGAAGAAAAAAGCAAUGGACAUUACAACUAAAAGAACUAUAAUACGCCUCAAAAACAGUAUCGAAAAACUCAGAGCAAAGUAUAAAAAACAAAAAACACUUAUGCAAUGUGCUCAACAAAUAUCAAUGAAGGAGUCAUUUUUGAAAUUUACUGAAAAGUUGCCGGAAACCUCGCGUAUUUUCACAUUGUUGCAAAUUAAAGGUUCAAAAAAACCAAAAGGGCAUGCGAUACUUCCUGUAGAAUGCCAACAAACAGCUGAUUUUUUAUUAAUUUUUGAUCAAUUAUUUGAUUCAUUUAAUGGUCAUUCUUAUCAAACUUCGACGAAAAAAUAUAAAUCAUGUUUUAAGAAUAAUUCACUGCACAUACAACUAUGGAAUGAUUUACUGCCUGUAUUAGAAUCAAUAAAAUUUCAAUCAAAUACGCAUAAUAAUCAUCUAGGUAAUGUAGAUAAGUUUGAAUCAAUUCCCUCAAUCAAGAAUUGGAUUCAUAAUAUUAAAACGUUUAAAGAAAUGUGGGUUGAUUUGAAUACCCUUUUAUGA